AGGGUUGCAGAAGUCGAUGGAGUUGAAGGAAGGUAAGGUAGAAGCAGAGCUUUCCCUCCAAACAUCUGACAAACCAAGCAACGCUCCGAAAACUGGAAGGCCUAAACGUUUCGUUAAGAGCCAAAUCCCUGACUCAAUCCUAAACGACCCUCUCCUCAAUGCCGCCAUAUCCGUUCUCCCAUCCAACUACAACUUCGAGGUUCACAAAUGCGUCUGGCGCGUCCUCUCCACCGGCGCUAAGCGCGUCGCUCUCCAAUUCCCUGAAGGCCUCCUCAUGUACUCCCUCGUUCUCUCCGACAUCUUCACCACCUUCGCUGCCGUAUCUCGCUGCUUCAUCCUCGGCGAUGUCACCUACGGCGCCUGCUGUGUCGACGACUUCUCCGCCGUCGCACUCGGCGCCGAUCUCCUCAUUCACUAUGGCCACAGCUGCCUCGUCCCCAUUGAUUCCACCACCAUCCCCUGCCUCUACGUCUUCGUCGAUAUCAAAAUCAACGUUGACCAUUUCGUCGAUACCGUCAGGUUGAACCUCGAAUCCCGCGCCAAAACCCUUGUCGUUGCCGGUACCAUUCAGUUUGCCUCUGCAAUUCGGGCGGCAAAGCCCGAAUUGGAGAAAUUAGGAUUUAGGGUUUUGAUCCCCCAAUCGAAGCCGCUUUCGGCCGGUGAAGUUCUUGGCUGCACUGCGCCGAAAGUGUCGAAGAAUUUGCUCGAUGAUGAUAGUGGUGAGAGUGUUUUGGUGUUCGUAGCGGAUGGAAGGUUUCACCUUGAGGCAUUCAUGAUAGCGAAUCCGGCGGUUAAGGCUUUCAGGUAUGACCCGUAUAUGGGGAAGUUGUUUCUGGAGGAAUAUGAUCACGUGGGUAUGAAACAGUCGAGAAAAAAUGCGAUUUUGAAAGCAGGGGAGGCUCGGACUUGGGGUGUUGUUUUGGGGACUCUGGGUAGGCAAGGGAAUCCGAAGAUUCUGGAGAGGUUGGAGAAGAAUAUGAGGGACAAAAGGUUCGAUUAUACUGUGAUUUUGAUGUCUGAGAUAAGCCCUGUGAGGAUUGCUCUUUUCGAAGACUCUGUUGAUGCUUGGAUUCAGAUUGCGUGUCCUAGGUUGUCAAUUGACUGGGGGGAUGCUUUUGUGAAACCAGUUCUUACUCCUUUUGAGGCAGAUAUUGCACUAGGAUUGAUACCUGGUUGGUGGGAGAAAACUGUGGUGCCAAAACUGGGUUGUGAUGAUGUUGUAGGUUGCAAGAAGAGUGAUUCUUGCUCUAAGUGUAGCUGCGGUGAUGCAAAGGGAACCAGGGAUUUUGGUGGGGAUUAUCCGAUGGACUACUAUGCUCAAGAUGGCGGGGAGUGGAAUUCCUCUUAUGUAAAGAAAUCUUCUCGUCCUGCGAGGAGAAUUUCUGUAUCUUCUGUUGCUGAUAGUGUCAUUUCCCAAUAGCUAAAAUUUGUUUAGUUAUUAUAAUUUUAACGAUUUACUUCAAAAUGGUAGAGGCCAAUAGGUUAUCGUUUUGUUAUUAGCUCUGGCUUUUUCAAAAUGAUCUCUUUGGUCUGAUUUGAGACUAAAGAAGUUAGAAUAGAAUGUUAGAAGCUCAUGGCCUGACAGGGAAUUUUUGUGCUACUUCAACUUUUGAACGAUUUUACAGGCAUCAAUUUUUCUUAUUGAGAAUGAGAAAGUGCUAACGGGUUUGAACGUUUGAUU